AUGGCGAAAGCUUCCCAUUCAUUGCAAAAAGGUGCUGUCGUCCAGCACACCGCCAAAGCCCAUAACCUGAAAGGUCAACUGCCUGAAGGGAGCAUGGAAUCUUUGGCAACAACCAUUCGUUUCGUCACGCUGAACUGCCGAACACUAUCGAGUGAACUCCAACAAGCUGCUCUAUCCAGACUUCUGCGAUAUCUCUGUGUGCCUUUUGUUGUACUGCAGGAAACACGCAUGAGGGAUCGGCCCGUCAUCAGCAUCGAAAAUUACACCAUAUACUGCGGCGAUGCUGAUGAGAACAAAGUAGGUGGCUGCGUGAUAGCUGUGAGGAACGAUUACAAGAACCUGGUGGAGGAAUUUGGCUCGACGUCGUCUAGAUGUCCGAUGUGCUGUGAAAAUGGUACUAUGCAGCGGAGCGCACGUCGAACAACGGUGACCGUCUGGUCGACUUGUGCGAACAGACGGGCCUCAUCAUCGCUUCCACGUUUAAGAGGAAUCAUCGAUGCCAUCAGCUCACGUGGCAGGGGUCCCUCUUAA